AGGCAUUCAGCAUUAACAUUGAAGCUUCCUGCAAUAUCACAGGAAGGUCAUGGCGAAGCCACCUUGCUGAUAAAGCCAUAUAGGAAUAAUAUAUGUAUACCAUUAUCGAAAACUGUUAGACAUUAGUCCUUUGUUUUCGAUAUCUAGAUGUCUACUGUCAAUUUUAAACCGCCAGACUCACCAGAAAGUGAUCAUGCCAAUCAAUCCAAUUUUGAGUUCCCUGACGAUUACUUCACUUUUGACAGUUGGCUGGAGGAUUGUCCUGAAGCAAUCAGCUCAGGGACAACUGAGAAUCCUGUUAAUCAAGCCAAUGAAGUUAAUGAUUCUGCUGGUGCUAGCAGCCUCCUUCAAGGACCAGCUGGAGAAAGUGAAACUAUCAGGGAGAGGAGGGAAUUCAAAGAAAGAUAUGCAUUCAGGACCAAGUCAGAGGUUGAGAUACUUGAUGAUGGGUACAGAUGGAGGAAAUAUGGGAAGAAGAUGGUGAAGAACAGCCCAAACCCAAGGAACUAUUAUAGAUGUUCUGUUGAAGGGUGCACCGUGAAGAAAAGAGUUGAAAGAGACAGAGAGGAUCCAAGUUAUGUAGUUACAACUUAUGAGGGGAUCCAUAAUCACCAAAGCGCUUCUUGAACCAGUGGUUUUCUCAGGUUCCAUCGAGUUCUUUGACAGUUAAUAUCCUACAGCCAGUACUCCUGCAGAAGGCCUACAUAUGCAUCGAUCACAUGAUCCUCAGCAUGAUACUCAAUUCAUGUAUGGUUAAGAAAACUAAAGAUCUCAGGAUCGGAAUACAUGGGGUUUGGCCACCUUUAUUUCUUUCUAUUGCUUUAUUAUGUAUAAUUUGUUGGCUGGCAGAACCCUGAGUUUCACUCCCCGUUUUCAACUGAUAGAUUUUAAUUAUAAGCUGAUAGCAUUGGUGACUUUGACAGAAGGAUGCCUGUUACGUGUUAACCGCACAAAGCAAGAUUAGUGAACACAAAUACCAAUUUGUUCAGGAUUGGUAGACGUUGCUAGGAGACAGAAAAUCAAGCUUGGAGACGGUAAAAUCUUACAUGAGAUUCUUUUGAACUGUUUGAUUCGAUUGGUGACGUUCUUUUUUUUUUCUUUUUUGGCCAAAAAAGAUUGGAAAUUUUGUUGCAAAUCAAUCACUUUAAGUCCA